CGGGUCUCUGGGUGGGCCCCUGCGGCUGUGGUCUCCGCUCCGGCCGGAGGAGGGAGGCGCCAUGGAGCCCCGGGGCAGAGGAGCCCCACAAGGCAGUUCUGGGAGACGAUCUCACCUAUUGGGCGGAUAGAGAAAGAGACAGCCAGUAUUGCAUCUGAAAAGCCGGUAUGCAAAAAUAAUGUACCUGGUUUAGUCUUCAUCCCCUGGGCCUGGAAUGCUACAGUGAUGGCCCGCGGUUGAUACGCAGGAAAGAUGCCAAGUAGCUGGUGAGUGGCCAGUUGUCCGAGUCUACUGCAAGGCCAGAAUAAUCCGGCAUGGCUCCUGUCUCCACUUCUAGGAUCACCUUCCGGGGACUCAAAUCUUUCCGGGGCUGGAAAUCCCAAAGAAAAUGGCAUAACCCCCAUAGUGCCGCCCCCUGGUUCCCAGGACGCACUGGUCAGGGGCAUGGCGGAGACUCUGACCCAGUGGGGGCAGCUGGAUCAGCCUCAGGGCGAUGAGCCAGAGAAGCACCGGAAUCUGGUCUUGCUGGGGCUUCCAAUUUCCACGCCUGAUGUAAUCUUUCAGCUGGAGCGUGGGGAGGAGCUGGGGGCCGAAGUCUCGAAAGCAGCCGGUGCAGACUGGGCGAGAACACCAGAAAGCAAGAUGCUAAAUCUGGAGGACCUUGCUCAGGAAGAAUCAGCCCCUGGGGUGCUGCUGGGAAGAUUUCCAGAGGGAAGUCCCAGCGGAGGGGAGGCUCCUCUAGAGGGUCAGCAGCAAAACCACGAGAAACAUUUGAUGCAGGAAGUCGUCACUCAGAAGCAACCUGGGGAGAGAAGUCACCAACGGGAUGACUGUAAAAGGAAUUGCAGUCGGAGGUCAUUACUGGGUCAGCAACAAGGAGAGAGGCUACGGGACUGUGAUUCUUUUAAACGGAAAUUGAAACAAAAUUCAGACGUAAGCAGGCAUGAGCGAACGUAUGCGGGAAAGAAACCUUGGAAGUGUAAUGAGUGUGAGAAGGCCUUCAGCUACUACUCAGCUUUUGUCUUGCAUCAGAGAAUACACACGGGAGAGAAACCCUACGAAUGUAAGGAAUGUGGCAAAGCCUUUAGCCAGAGCAUACACCUUACCCUGCACCAGAGAAUUCAUACUGGGGAGAAACCCUACAAAUGUCACGACUGUGGGAAGGCCUUCAGUCACCGCUCGGCCCUUAUCCGCCAUCACAUAAUCCACACUGGAGAGAAACCCUAUGAGUGCAACGAGUGUGGGAAGGCCUUUAACCAGAGCUCGUACCUCACUCAGCACCAGCGAAUUCACACUGGAGAGAAACCUUAUGAGUGCAGCGAGUGUGGGAAGGCGUUCAGCCAGAGCACAUUCCUCACCCAGCAUCAGGUCAUCCACACUGGAGAGAAACCUUACAAGUGUAAUGAAUGCGGCAAAGCCUUUAGUGACCGCUCGGGCCUCAUUCAGCAUCAGAGAACGCAUACUGGAGAGAGGCCGUACGAGUGCCACGAGUGUGGAAAGGCCUUUGGCUACUGCUCCGCCCUGACUCAGCACCAGAGGACUCACACUGGGGAGAAACCCUACAAGUGCAGCGAUUGUGCCAAAGCCUUUAGUGACCGCUCCGCCCUGAUUCGUCAUCAGAGGACACACACCGGAGAGAAGCCUUACAAGUGUAAGGACUGUGGAAAAGCCUUCAGCCAGAGCUCAUCUCUUACGAAACAUCAGAAAACUCACACUGGAGAGAGACCGUACAAGUGUAAGGAUUGCGGGAAAGCCUUCAGCCAGAGUUCAUCCCUUUCUCAACAUCAGAAAACUCACCCUGAAGGGAAAACCAAGGAGUAUGGACAAGUCUUUAGUGAGCAUUCAGCCUUCGGCCAACAAAAGAGAAUUCAUACUGGAUAAACAGGGUGCAUUCAGGGUGUCUUUACUGAGUACGGUGUUGAGGAGGCUACAGAGAAGUUGAAGGCUUCGCUACAAAGAAGUGCUAGGAAGUCAUUGUUGACGUGGAGCAUAAUGUACGUAGGCUGUGAAAGGGGAGAGGGCUGCAUUGUUAAAAUGUACUAACGUAGGACAGUGAUCUCCCUGGGGAAAUUCUUGUACCCCGAUGUAUAUGUAAGCUAACAAAUCCUUGAGAGUGAAGUAGGAGUUUGCCACGGUGGAAAGCUGACAUGUCUUGGCUGGGCUGGAUAGUACAAUGCUAAGGGGUUAAAGUUUUAAAGAGAAGAGUGGGCCUUUUAGGGAAAUGGCAAGGGAAGAAAUAAGGAAUUAGGAGUUCACAGUGAGCUGUCCAGGGUCGGACUUGGUCGAGGAAGGCAAGCUGUCCUUUAGUUGUAAGUACACGAGCGUGUAAGAGGUAGAUGGGACGGAUAGAAAAAAGGGUUGGUUGAUUGUGACAGCUACUCCACUGAACAUCACAGCUGGGGAAGGCAGACAGUGGGCCAGCUGCCAGGUUCCCCUGAGGGCGGCUUCCCCUGAAGCUGAGGAACCCUGAGAACCCUGUGUCUUUCCGACCUGGCUUAUUAGACACCGCCUACCAAGAGUCACAUUAUUUUCGAAGAUCAAGAGCUACAGCUUAGAAAAGGGAGAGUACACGAGAGACCUUUGAUGAGUUCAGUCUGUUUUAAGCUAUUAGUGUUACCUGGAAAUGUGCUUAUUUAUAAAGGUUUACCUCAGUUCUGUGUAGUUUGUACCUUAGUUUUUUUUUUUCAUUCCAUAGUAAAAUUGAGCUGUAGACUUGCACUGACAUUAUGUAUUAGAUUGUAAAAAACUUGAAAAGAUUUUAAAUACUUGCCUUCUACCAUUUUACUCUUGGGGAGAGGCAGCUAACAUCUCUUUUUUGUUGAAAGUUUGAAGGUUAUUAUUAGAGAAUUUUUUCAUGCAAUUUUUUAAUUUUUAGCAGCCUCACUGUGAUGUGUCUUUGUGUUGAUUUCUUUUGGUUUAUUUGAAGAUUGCUGAGUUUCUUCCGUCUGUAGAUUUGUGUCUUUUGCCAAAUUUGGGGAAUUUUCAACUGUCAUGCCUGCAAACAUGUUUUUAUCCUACCCCACCCCUUCUUCCCUCAUUCUGAGACUUUGAUAACAGGAAUGCUAGGUCUUUGGUUAUAAUCACAAAAGUUCCUAUGGCUCUGUUAACUUUUUUUUUUUUUUAAGAUUUUAUUUAUUUAUUUGCAAGGUAGAGCUACAGACAGAGAGGAAGGUCUUCCAUCAGUUGGUUCACUCUCCAAAUGACUGCAAUGGCCAGAACUGGGCCAAUCAGAAGCCAGGAAC